CAGCAGCCACAGACACCCAUCUCUCUCUGUUCUUCAUCUUCACACUAAUUCAUUCCUCUUCUCACUCUGCUCUUUUACCAUGGCUGCAUCUACAAUGGCUCUCUCCUCUCCCUCUUUGGCCGGAAAGGCCGUGAAGCUCGCUCCCUCUGCGUCGGAGCUUCUCGGUGAAGGCAGGAUCACCAUGAGAAAGACUGUGGCCAAGCCGAAGCCCGUCUCAUCCGGUAGCCCAUGGUAUGGACCAGACAGAGUCAAGUACUUGGGUCCCUUCUCCGGUGAGCCUCCCUCCUACCUCACUGGUGAAUUCCCUGGUGACUACGGCUGGGACACUGCUGGGCUGUCCGCUGACCCUGAGACCUUCGCCAAGAACCGUGAGCUCGAGGUCAUCCACUGCAGAUGGGCCAUGCUUGGAGCUCUUGGGUGUGUCUUCCCCGAGCUGCUCGCUCGGAAUGGUGUCAAGUUCGGCGAGGCCGUGUGGUUCAAGGCUGGCGCACAGAUCUUCAGCGAGGGUGGAUUGGACUACUUGGGCAACCCAAGCUUGAUUCACGCCCAGAGCAUUCUGGCCAUCUGGGCUACUCAAGUUAUCUUGAUGGGUGCCGUCGAGGGCUACCGUGUCGCCGGCGGGCCUCUUGGUGAGGUGACAGACCCACUCUACCCCGGCGGCAGCUUCGAUCCACUUGGCCUUGCUGAUGACCCAGAGGCUUUUGCUGAGCUUAAGGUGAAGGAGAUCAAGAAUGGAAGACUGGCCAUGUUCUCCAUGUUUGGAUUCUUUGUUCAGGCCAUUGUGACUGGCAAGGGACCCUUGGAGAACCUGGCUGACCACCUGGCCGACCCUGUUAACAACAACGCUUGGGCCUACGCCACAAACUUCGUCCCCGGCAAGUGAGCAAGAAAGAAAAAAGAGUUCUGGACCAUGGGACGGUCCUCCCCAUUUCAGUGUGGAUUUGCUGAACUUGGUGCUUGUGAUGUAAAUUGUUUAAAUCGAUGCAGAAAAAGUGUGAAUUA